AUACAAUUCUGUAUGAUGAAGAAUGUGUGUUCUGUAGAUGGACAGUUUUCUUGGCUAACUUGUUUCUGUUUACUAAGUUUUACAAGAGGAAAAUUUGCUGUGGUUAGACAGUGUAUAUCAAAAUCUACUGGCCAAGAAUAUGCUGCAAAAUUUCUAAAAAAGAGAAGAAGAGGGCAGGAUUGUCGAGCAGAGAUUCUACAUGAAAUUGCCGUACUUGAAUUGGCGAAGUCUUGUCCUCAUGUAAUUAAUCUUCAUGAAGUCUAUGAAAAUGCCACUGAAAUUAUUUUGGUACUGGAAUAUGCUGCAGGUGGAGAAAUCUUCAACUUGUGUUUACCUGAGCUGGCUGAAAUGGUUUCUGAGAAUGACAUUAUCAGACUCAUUAAACAAAUACUUGAAGGAGUUUGUUAUCUACAUCAGAAUAACAUUGUACACCUUGACUUAAAGCCACAGAAUAUAUUAUUGAGCAGCAUAUACCCUCUUGGAGAUAUAAAAAUUGUAGAUUUUGGAAUGUCUCGAAAAAUAGGGAAUGCUUGUGAACUCCGGGAAAUCAUGGGAACACCAGAAUACUUAGCUCCAGAAAUCCUGAACUAUGAUCCUAUUACUACAGCAACAGAUAUGUGGAAUAUUGGCAUAAUAGCAUAUAUGUUGUUAACCCAUACAUCUCCAUUUGUGGGAGAAGAUAAUCAAGAAACGUACCUCAAUAUUUCUCAAGUUAAUGUAGAUUAUUCAGAAGAAACUUUUUCAUCAGUUUCACAGCUGGCCACAGACUUCAUCCAGAGGCUUUUAGUAAAAAAUCCAGAGAAAAGACCAACAGCAGAAAUCUGCCUGUCUCAUUCUUGGCUACAGCAAUGGGACUUUGGAAACUUAUUUCACCCUGAAGAAACUUCCAGUUCCUCUCAAAGUCAAGAUCAUUCAUUAAGGUCCUCUGAAGACAAAACUUCCAAAUCCUCUUGUAAUGGAACCUGUAGUGAUCGAGAAGACAAAGAGAACAUUCCAGAGGAUAGCAGCAUGGUUUCCAAAAGAUUUCGCUUUGAUAACUCAUUGCCUAAUCCCCAUGAACUUGUUUCAGAUUUGCUGUGUUAGCACUUUUCUCUUUGAGUUAUUUGGACUGAAUUUGGAAUUUGAAAUCUACUGCAAUGUGAGAUUGUAGUUUGUAGCUUCAUUUAUGGCAUGUUUAUAUUGUAAGUGCACUUUUGCAUAGAGGAGUUUAGGGAAGUGUUUUGAUGCUAAAUUACUAGUAACCAGCAUAAUUUCAUUUCCUGUUCUAAGAUACUAACUCUGCAGAGAAGAAAUAUUUAAAUAUAUGACAAAAAAUAGAGUUGUGCAUGUGAGUCUACAUGUUAAUGAAAUAAUUCAAGUUCAAAUGGGUUUAUCAAAAUGUUUUACAGAUAAGGAAAACAGUGAUUUGGGUUAUACUAUGGUUGAAAUAAACUGAGCAAAAUGAAGGCAUUUGAAUUUAAUAGGUUCUGUAAGGUAAGUCCUAUACCAUGCCUCUAUUGACAAAAUUUUGUUAGGAUAAUAGUGUCAAGGUUAAGAAAAAUAUGUACUAUUUUUAGAUGCUCAAAGGAUUUUUACAUAUGAAAAUAUUUUAAUCACAAAUAUUUUGAAACUGCCUAUGAUUUCCAGGAUAUAUAGUCUGCUAUAUGAGACAUGUCCUUUUAACCAGAGCAAAGAGGGAGUGAGAAACCUGAUUAGGAACACUCUGUACAAGUUAAAGCAGAAAAAAGAGCAGCGUGGCAUCAUUUCUUUUUUUUUUAACUCAAACGUCUUUUGCCCUCUCUCAACAUACUUCAGAUUUAAUAAGGUCUGAAAGAUGGAGAAUUAGAUGGUAUUCAAGUGUAGAGGAUUUUCAUAUUCCAGAAUUUCUGGGUAGAAGACACUUAAACAAAACUGACUGUCCUCUAUACUCAUGUUUAUUAAAUUGAGUAUAGAAAAAAUGCUGCCUGAUUUUGGCAACUUACAGAAUUUUAGAUGUUUUCUGAGUCUUAGGAUAUACGGCAGUCAUUCAGAGUUCUAAAAGUAUGUGUAAAAAAAAAAAGUUGCAGCCCAGGAAGACUGUUAACUCAGGACCAGAGUCCGUGACAGCGAGGUGGAUGUGAUCAUAAAACCUGAUGACAUCGGAGUGCUCAUGUAGAGUUCCAGCGAGCCAUGAGACUCGGCAGAAGGCAAUCUGCCAGGUGGCCUUUAAUGGUCUUCUGCUGGGACCAAUGUUCAUGAGAGUCUAAGGACAGCGGAGUGGCUGAUGACCGCUGUGCUAAUAGAGGGAAAUUUACUCCUUUUUUGGUUAUGUUUGAUGACUUUGCACCUGGUUACUAUUAAAGAUUCUGUUAUAAUAUCAUGUUAGGAUAAUUGUAACCUCAUGCCCAUGUUACUACAUUAAAAGACAUUAUAUUUUGACCAAAAAGAAAUUCUCGAGCUCCCCCCGCCCUGUGAGUUAUUUAUUACUCUAAACCUUUAACUUUCUGAAAUUUGGUUAAGAUUCCAAAUAACUUGAAACUUUUUUUUAAAGUCAUUUGGCUAAAUGGGUGACUUCCUUUUAAAUCUUCAGCAUUUCUUAAAGGAAAAGUUAUUUCUACUUGUGUGUGCAUAUGUGUAUAUGUAUAGGCUAUGUAUUUAUGUAUAGAUGGAUAAAAUAUAGUCUUUAGACAACUUUCUCUUAGAGAGUCUUUGCUCUACUAUGUUGUGUUCAACUCAGGUGCCAAAGGAGCUCUCUUCUUAAGGAUAUGUAAAUAUACAUUUAAAUUCCUUAAGAAAUAGUUUGUUGGUUCAAUAAACUAGCCAUUGCAGAAGCUAAAUUGGGCUCUUGUAUAUCUAAAACUGAUGAGUUUUUUCUAAAUUUUUGAUUAUCCAUUUCUUUGCCUUCCAUAUUAAGCUAUUGCAGGUAAAGCUUGGUAAGCCAUUGGUGAAAGGAUUUUUAUAAAAGAUAUUUUAUUUUUAAAUUUCUAGAGGAAUUAUGGCUUGGCAAAAAUAAAAAAGAAAAAAAUAAAUGUUUGCAUUUUAAAUUAUAAGCUAAUUCUUAAAAAAAAUUUUAUACCAGUUUUCUUUGAGUCUGAAGAAUCUUAAAAUAGUUCAUGUCAGCCCUUAGUUAACAGAAUACACAAAGUUGUAAAUUUCCAUGCCUUUUUUCCUAAUAAUUUUUAUUGUAAAAAAGUAACAAAUAGUUGCACAAACAAUAUAAAAAUUCAUUUUUUUGUAAAAGUGAAUUUAAAUAUUUUCACUGUUUGAAAUGUGAAAAUUAAAUGAGUAUUUAGAGAGAAGUUGUUAACAAAUGACUCAAUUUCUUUUCUACCAAGAUUGGAAAAAAUGUAUCUAUCAAAAGUAGAUGAUAUAUCUCAUUAAAGUAGGAAUCUUAGCCCCUGAGGUGAGCAGAUGUCCUAACACUUAAACACAUCUGAAAAUUAAUGUUAAAUUGUGAUGAGUUUAUAAAGUUUAAUAACUUUGCCUUUUGGUUAGACAGGAUUAAAAAAUAUAGAUGACAGUUAAAAUUGUCAUUUUAAUUUUUUUCUCCACAAAGUUUAUUCUGAGCAGUAAAAUUAUAGUGGCACUUUAAAGACAUAAGCAGUAUGUGUUCUGCAGUCUAUAAUGAAAUAAGGCACCUGUGUCAGAAUGUGUAUCAAUACAUUGCUUCCUUUAAAGAAAGUCUUGUUAUUAAAAAAAGUCAGCUGAUUAAUGAUAUAAUUGAUUGUCAUUCCGGCACAAGUUCUUUCGUUUGCGAUGAGUUGCUAAUAGCUCAUGGACCAUAUUUGGAAUAGCAUUGCUCUAAGCAACAUUUAUAAAUUGAUAUUUUAUAACUGUUUACAUUUCUUCUGUUUAAUUUUGAAUUUUCCAUUUUUGUAUCUGUCUUGGAAACUUGUCUUUAUUCAUUGUUGUAUAAACAACUGUACUUUAAUUUCAAAUUGUAUUAAAAUCAGGUUAUCUGACUUCCCAUUUGGAGAAAUAGUAUCAAUUUAUAAUUUUAUAAGAGUUUAGAGAAUUUUAAAUUCUAAUUGGAAAUUUUACACAAAUUAUAACUGCCCCCAUCUUUCAUUAAAUAAUCAUGUUGCUUAAGAAUAUUGAUUGACAUUAUUAUGAAUACCCCAGUUUAAAAAAAAAAACAUAUCAACUUAAUGAUCCUUUUGGUUAAAAAUUAAAAAGCACUUUUUUUGGUCUGUGAUUGUCUUUUGCUUUAAAGUAUUUCUAAGUUUGUUUUUCUUAAAAGCACACCUCCUCGCCUGAAGGUACUAGCCUUGACACAUGUCAUUUUGAACUCCCUUUUUAGUACAUAUCUGUUUAUUAGAUCCUGUCUGUUAAAAAGCCUCAUAAGUUUGAAAACAAGUCUAUUCUGUGGUAAUGCUAGAUAUUUUCAGAAAAUGUCAGUAAAUGGCAGUGUGUACUACAUGUUGCAUAAGGAUGAAUAAGGGAUUUUUAUUUACCUACAAAUGAGUGAACUGUUUCUGUUGGGGUUUUGUUUUUGUUUUUAGUUUAAAUAAAUUGAAUUUUUAAAAAGA